CGCGAAAAUUAAGGAAUAAAUUGAAUAAAUAUAACCUCACUUUUAGUGUGACUGUGACUGUGAUUGUGAUUAUGAACUGUGGUCUUUGAUAAUGAUCAUUGUGAACUGUGGUUCACAUUUUUCAGAAGUAUAGUUUCUCCUAUAGAAUGUGAUAUUUUCAACAUUUUUGUUUAUCAUAAUCUACAGUAGGAAUUCAACAAUGGCUACUAUCGAGUACACAGAUUAUGAUCCCGAUCAGGAUUUCGAACUUCAAUAUCAAGAUGAAAUGGAAAUGUUGGAUGAUGAUAACUUUGCUCCGCCUGACCUCACAUCUUUUCCUAAAACCAAGUCGAAGAAAAGUUUGGACUUCACAAGCCCUAGUGGUGUCAAAAAAAUAGCUAGCACGGAAGAUUUGGCUGCACCGCUCGAAGUGAACUCACCAGAUGCUCAGUCAUCUCACAAUGCAAACGAAAAUGACGUUGUAAAUUCAAGUUUAACGAAUAGUUUCACGAUGACAGUGGCUGAUGAAAGUGAACCAGUGGCAGCUGAAAGCCAAUCACAGACCAAUGCAAAGAGGAAGGUUGAUGAAUUGUUUGGAGAUAUUGAUGAUAUCGACUUCGAUGAAGAUGUGCUUCCCAAACGGGCCAAAACAUUCCAUGCUCUUCAGCAAAUUGAAGAACUAUCUGAGGAGCAACGGAUGGACAUUACAAUACAGAAAAUUUUAUUCGCAAGAAGGCAAUUUGAAAUCGAAACCAAUGUGGAAAUGCCAAAGCAUUCAGUGGAGGAUGCCCGGAAGAGUAUAGCAGCAAGGCUCGCUAAAGAGAUUUCCCGCAAAGUGCCAACAUUUCCCUUCAUUUCUGCCACGGGAAGGGUUGGGGAGAGAUUCUAUCUGCGGUUCAGAUCCGAAGACAUUUUUGAUAUCGAGAUUGAAGAGGCCAUGCGGAGAUGUGGUGGAGGCGGAUUGUUGAAUGUUCCAUUUUCAAAAUUGAAAGAAGAUGCCACAAACAUUUUGCAAAAGUCAUACGACCUGAAUGAGAAAACAGAAAUGGAAACAGCCCCUGAUACAAAUCUGGAUGCUGAGCAGUCAGUCGAAAAAGAAUUGUGGGUAGAAAAGUAUCGACCGAGACGAUAUUUGGACCUGCUAAGUGAUGAGGGAACGAAUAAAUCUCUUCUAAAAUGGCUGAAAUUAUGGGAUAAAGUCGUUUUCAAUAGAGAAAAUAAAAUCAUAGCUAAACAAAAAUUUGAAAAGUUUGAAGACAAAGGAAAGGCAGGUGGCGGAAAAUUCAAAAAGAAAUUUGAGACAGAACUGCGGAGCGAACUUGAUGAGUUGGGUCGUCCACACCACAAAGUCGCCUUGCUGUGUGGCCCACCUGGUUUGGGGAAAACCACUCUAGCUCAUAUCCUGGCUAGGCACGCUGGCUACAACGUGGUUGAGAUGAAUGCCAGUGACGACCGCAGCCCCGAGCUGUUCAGGACGCAGUUGGAAGCAGCCACACAAAUGAAAGCAGUCAUGGGCAAAGACCCUCGGCCCAAUUGCCUCAUUUUGGAUGAAAUCGACGGAGCUCCUCAGGCGUCGAUUGAGGUUGUAGUGAGAUUUGCUGGCUCGAAAGAAGGCGCCGAAAAGGGAGCGAAAAAGAAGAAGAAGAGUGAAGCAGUUGUCUUACGCCGUCCUGUCAUUUGUAUCUGCAACGACGCCUAUGUGCCAGCCUUGAGGCCACUACGACAGAUCGCCUAUGUUCUGCACUUCCCACCAACCUGCUCUUACCGACUAGCGCAACGCCUGUGCGAGGUAGCGCGCCUGCAGCGGCUGAAGACAGAUGUUGGGACGAUGCUGGCGCUGGGCGAGAAGACCAACAACGACAUCCGCGCCUGUCUGGCACUGAUGCACUGCCUCAAGGUGCAGGUUGGCGCCUCCAUCCGCCUGGCUCACGUCAACAACGCACACAUCGGCACCAAGGACGUGCAGAAGAGCCUCUUCGCCGUCUGGCAGGAGGUCUUCCAGGUCAAGACCAACAAGAACAGAUUCCAAUCUAUUCUACAAACCGUACAAGGUUAUGGCGAUUACGACCGGUUAGCACAGGGAGUCUAUGAAAACUUUCUCGCAAUGAAGAUGACUGGAUCUACUUUGAAAACUGUGUGUGAAAGUCUGCAGUGGUUCAUGCAUUAUGACACAAUUUCUUCACACAUUCAAAGCACUCAGAACUAUGCACUGUACUCGCAUAUGGCUUUUCCGUUCGUCAAAUGGCAUUUUCUUUUUGCUAGACGCAAUUGGGUUAAACUUCUUUAUCCUUCUAUGGGAUACGAGAUGACAACCAGAUUAACAAAAACGAAUGGCCUACUUGAAGAAAUGCUGAGAGGCAUGUCGCCACUGACACGGCCCUUCAUGCGCAAACAAACUCUACUGCUUGAUGUCGUUUCACUUCUGCUUGAAAUCAUAAUACCCAAUCUAAGACCGGUGAGUUUUACACUGUACAGUCACAAAGAGAAAAGUGAAUUGUACAAAGUGGUGAAUGCCAUGAUUGAUUACAAUCUCAGCUACACUCAGGAGAGGACGCCAGAUGGCAACUAUGCUUUCAAUCUUGAUCCAAACAUUGAAGAUGUUGCCAAGUUCCCUGGUUGGAAGCCGUUGCGUACUAUGGGAUACGGCCUCAAGCAGCAAGUGCAGAGGGAAAUCAACCUGGAGAGAAUGCGACGUUUGGACAUUUCUUGUGGUCAGGGUAAACCGACCGAGAAAAAAGCUGCAGCUGUUCAAAAACAACCUGAGAAGAGGAAUGCUGAAGUAUCAGUUCCCAAUCAUUUGCAGAGGUUGACUCCCAAAGCCAUGAAAAAACCUGAAACUGUGAGCAAAGACUUUUUUGGCAGAAUAAUCGAGAAAGAGGCUUCGGCUCAAUCAGGAUGUGCUUUCGAAGAAGGAAAGGACAUUUGGUUGAGGUUCAAAGAAGGCUACAACAAUGCUGUAAGGUUGAAAGUCAGUAUGGCUGACCUCUUUUAAGGAUCAAUCGAAUCACGGAACAGCAACUAUUUUUCUACGAUAAAUUUAACAGUAUGUACAUUGGAUUAAUUUAUUAAAAGCAUUACAAAGCAGAUAAAUUAUUUUCAUGUUUAUCAAAGUUUAUCAUGUUGUAAUGAAAUCUUUUUGUAAUAUCUUUUAUAUCCACAUAAAUUAUUAAUUUUUUAGAACCACCUUCAA